CGCUGAUCGCAUAAAUCUUUAAUUGUCAAUUAGACUUUUCCUUGUUUGACUGUUAGUGUUCGGUUAUCAUUGUUUCGUAGCUACCUUCUUCUUUUGGCUUUUAGUUUUCCUAUACCGCUCCCAGUCUUCUAGUCUUCCAAUUGGAAUUUUGUUUCUACCAUUAACCAACAUCGGUUUCUUACUAGCUUGGCCAAGUCUUUUCAUUCUCCUUUAGCUAGUUGGAGUCAGUUUGUUUGUGGUGUAAUCCGUGUGUUAUUAGGAAUUGGACUUCUCUGGUGAAUGAUUGAUACUCGUUCCUCAGAAAGUCAGCUUGUGGAAUUCGAACCAGAAAUUGAACAAAAGCUCAAGCAAAUUCACAAAGAACAAAGGGAACAAAGAGAAGAGAAGGUUAAGGAGAAGAGCAAACAGGAAGAGAUGGCUGCGAACGGCAAUAACGAUGGUGCACCUCGAACCAUUCAAGAUUUCUCUAUGCCGCAAUUUUCUUCUCGACAAUCAUGCAUAAUUUAUCCUCAACUUGAUGCUGCUACUUCUUAUGAGAUCAAAGAUUAUGUUAUUAACUUGUUGCCCAAGUUUUCUGGUGAUGAGAAUCAAGAUGCUAGUGAACAUGUAGAUAAUUUUCUGGAUAUUUGUGGGACACAGAACAUUAAAGGCGUCUCUGAUGAGUUCAUUCACCUAAAGCUUUUCCCUUUCUCUCUCACGGGUGAUGCUAGCACCUGGUUCAAGACUCUGCCAGCGAGAUCAAUUACCUCUUGGACUCAACUUUCUAGUAAGUUCAUUCAAAAAUUUUACACUCAGUCUAGAACUCAGAGGUUGAGGGAUCACAUAUUUCACUUUAGGCAGAACAAGGGAGAACCACUUUUUCAAGCAUGGCAGAGAUUUAAAGCUUUGAUAAUUAGUUGUCCACACCAUCAGUUUUUACCAUGGCAACUAAUUUUAUACUUUAACCAACGCUUGAGUGAUGAAUGUCGUCAUAGAUUGGAUGCCACAGCUGAUGGUAAUAUAUUGGGUAAAGAACCAGAGCAAGUUACUACUAUCAUUGAGAAUGUUGUUGCAAAUUCAUCACAAUGGGAUAGUAGAGAGUUAAAUCGGAAUUCUGCAUAUGAAGUAAGUUCAUCUAAUGAGGUGGUUGCAUUGUCAAGGAAAUUAGAUGCUAUGGUGACUAUGUUAUCCAAGAAUGCAGAACCGUGUGGGAUUUGUGCCGCUCAGACCCAUCCUACUCAUCAUUGUCCUCAUAGUGGUACUUGUCCAGAAGUUGCAAAGGCUCCGUCAAAGAAACUAUCCAUUCUCAAAUACUUAUAAUCCAGGAUGGAGAGAGCAUCCUAAUUUAGCUUGGAAGAAUAAUUUUAACCAAGGAUCCAAGCCAUGGCAACAAGGAGCAACGCUUAUAGAACCCAAGAAACUUUCUUGGGAAGAAGCUAUUGCUCUGAUGGUUCAAGCUAAUACGCAAUAUUAACAAACCACCUCUCAAGUUUUGCAAGCUCUCCAACAAGGGCUGCAGGCUCUCCAACAAGGGCUGCAAGUAUAUAGUCAAGCCAUCGGCAAAUUGGAAGCACAAGUCUGUCAAAUUGCUACAGCAAUGAGUGAAAGAGAAUCGGGGCUUUUUCCAAGUCAACCCGAAGCUAAUCCAUGAGGCAACGAUCAAGUUAAUGCCAUUAUAACAUUGAGGAGUGGUAAACCUUAUGAUAUAAGGGAAGAAAGUGCAGAACCAAAGGACCAAGAAGAGAAUGACAAAGAAGCAGCUCCACUACCUUCUUCACCACUCGCUGCACCUACUCAUGCUCCAAAGUUGAAGAAUUAUGAUCCUCCGAUGUCUUUCCCGCAGUGAUUUCAGAGGCAGAGAAAUGACAAGCAUAUGUUAGAUAUAUUGGAGCAAUUUAAAAAGGUUUAAAUCAACAUUCCAUUACUCAAUGCUAUAGCGCAAAUUCCAUCGUACGCAAAAUUUUUGAAGGUCUCUGCACAAACAUGAGGAAAUACAGACCAUGAGAAGAUUGAGCUUACAAAUUGUUGCAGUGAGGUUUUGAUCACAAAGAUGCCUCCAAAAUUACAAGAUCAAGGGAGUUUCACUAUCCCAUGUGUUUUUGGUGAUUUUAAAUUUAAUAAAGCUUUCUUAGACCUUGGUUCCAGUGUUACUCAUGCCAUUUUCUAUUUAUGAACAGCUAGGUAUUGGAGAGCUACGAAGAACAUCCGUCUCUUUGCAAUUGGCUGAUCGAUCAGUGACUUAUCCCAAAGGCCUUGUUGAGGACGUUUUGAUCAAAGUAGACAAAUUCAUAUUGCCAGCAGAUUUCCUUGUGCUUGACAUGAAUUAAGACCAAAACAUUCCUAUUUUACUUGGUCGUCCUUUCCUUGCAACCGCUGGAGCUUUAAUUGAUGUCAAAGCAGGCACACUCAAGCUGCAAGUUCAAGGAGAAUCCAUAGAAUUCAAGAUGUUUGAAGCACUUAAGUUACCAGCCGAAAUAGAAGAGUGCAGCAGCAUCGAGCUUAUCGCUCCCAUUGACAAUGCCAACUUCUUGGAGAAUGUCUUGGCAGAUUUAUUGAAGACAUGUAUUGAAUAUCCAGAGUUAAAUAUUGAAGGAAGAGGCAUCCAUGGACAUAAUUGCAGCCCUAAAUUCGUUCCCCAUUCAUGCACCAAAAUGGCAGCAAGCAUGGGAGCCUCUAGGACCAGCGUUACCACAUAUAUUGCCAUCCAUUGAGCAAUCUCCUGAAUUGGAACUUAAGUUGCUACCUGAGCACUUAAAGUACGUUUUUCUUGGUGAAUCCAAGACACUUCCAGUGAUCAUUGCAGCUGAAUUAAGUCAUUACGAAGAAGAGCAGCUGUUACAUGUGCUAAAAGAGUAUAAAACGGUUUUGGGAAGGACUAUUGCGGAUAUCAAAGGCAUAAGCCCAACCAUGUGUAUGCACCGAAUAUUUUUGGAGGAGAAUUCCAAGCCAACCAUAGAAGCACAGCUAAGAUUAAAUCCCAACAUGAAGGAGGUUGUGCGUAAAGAAAUGUUGAAGCUCUUAGACGUUGGUGCGAUCUACCCAAUUUCGAAUAGCAAGUGGAUUAGUCCAAUUCAAGUAGUUCCAAAGAAAACUGGAAUCACCGUGGUCAAGAAUGAAGACAAUGAAUUGGUACCAAUGAGGUAGACAACUGGGUGGAGAGUGUGCACUGACUAUCGCAAAUUGAACUCUUCUACUCGCAAGGAUCACUUUCCUUCACCUUUUAUUGAUCAAAUGCUUGAAAGGUUAACAGGUCACUCACAUUAUUGUUUUCUUGAUGGUUACUCAGGUUAUAAUCAAAUUGCAAUUGCUCCAGAGGACCAAGAGAAGACAACUUUCACAUGCUCCUAUGGAACCUUUGCAUAUAGACACAUGCCAUUCGGUUUAUGCAAUGCUCCAGCCACAUUCCAACGGUGCAUGAUAAGUAUUUUUUUUUAUAUGUUUGAAAGAAUUAUUGAAGUCUUUAUGGAUGAUUUCUCUGUUUAUGGUUCUUCUUUUGAUCAUUGUUUGGCAAAUUUGAAAUUGGUGUUGGAAAGGUGUAAGGAAACUAACCUUGUUUUGAAUUGGGAGAAAUGUCAGUUUAUGGUUAAACAGGGAAUUGUGUUAGGCCACUUAAUAUCAAUCAAGAGAAUUGAAGUUGACAGGGCAAAGAUCGAUUUGAUAGCGAAAUUACCGCCCCCUACAUCUGUGAAGGGAGUGAGGUCUUUCCUUGGACAUGCCCGAUUUUAUUGACGCUUCAUCAAAGACUUUUCCAAGAUUAGUCAUCCUGUUGUGCAAUCUUCUUGCCAAAGAUACUCCAUUUGAUUUUAAUAUUGAUUGUUUACAUGCUUUUAAUUCUUUGAAACAACUUCUCACUUCUGCACCUAUUAUUACAGCUCUGAAUUAGAGCUUACCUUUUGAACUAAUGUGUGAUGCUAGUGAUUAUGCAGUGGGUGCUGUUUUAGGACAAAGAAAAUAGAAGCUUCCUCAUGCCAUCUACUACGCAAGUCGAACUUUGAAUGAUGCGCAAUUGAACUACACCACCACAAAGAAAGAGAUGCUCGUUGUAGUCUUUGCUUUGGAGAAGUUUUGAUCGUAUCUCAUUGGCUCAAAAGUGAUUGUAUACAUUGAUCAUGGAGCAGUCAAGUACCUAUUGGCGAAAAAAGAUGCAAAACCUCGACAAAUCCGGUGGGUGUUGCUCCUGCAAGAAUUUGAUUUGGACAUUUGAGACAAGAAAUGAGCUGAGAAUGUAGUAGCACAUCACUUAUCUCACCUUCCACAUGUCCAAGAUGAAGAAGAGGACGUGCUGCCCUUAAAUGACAAUUUUCCAGAUGAACAACUUUAUGCCAUCAAGGAUGUUGUCCCUUGGUAUGCAGACAUCGCCAAUUAUCUUGUUCGUGGAGUCCUACCCCCUGAUGUGAGCACUCAACAAAGAAAGAAGUUUCUCUCUACAGUGAAGUUUUAUUUCUGGGACGAUUUAUAUCUCUACAAAUAUUGCUCAGAUCAAGUGAUAUGACGCUGCGUGCCUGCUCUGGAACAAGAAAGCAUUCUGAAAUUUUGCCAUAGUUACGCAUGUGGAGGGCACUUUGGGCCAAGUAAGACAGCUACUAAGGCUCUACAAAGUGGAUUUUUCUGGCCUACACUCUUCAAGGAUGCAUAUUUGUUUUGCUUAAUGUGUGAUCGGUGUCAACGGUUAGGCAACAUAUCGAAGAAAAAUGAGAUGCCGCAUUAGAGUUUAUUGGUUGUGGAGCUCUUUGACGUAUGGGGAAUCAAUUUUAUGGGUCCCCUUCCUUCUUCAUUCAACAACCAAUACAUCCUUGUCACUGUAGAUUACGUAUCCAAGUGGGUAGAAGCUAUUGAUGCCCCAACUAGUGAUCAUAAAGUGGUGCUGCAUUUUCUGCAAGGUACCAUUUUUCCCAGGUUUGGCACACCUCGAGUGAUUAUUAGUGAUGACGGUCCACACUUUCACAACAAAGCCUUUGCUACCCUUAUGGUGAAAUACAACAUUAAUCAUCGUGUUGCUACUUCGUAUCAUCCACAAACAAGUGGGCAAGUUGAGAUUUCAAAUUGAGAGAUCAAGAAGAUUUUAGAAACAAUGGUAAAUGCACCGCGCAAAGACUAGUCUCUCAAGCUUAAUGAUGCCUUGUGGGCAUAUAGGACAACGUAUAAAACGCCUAUUGGAAUGUCUCCUUUCCGUUUGGUGUAUGGCAAGGCUUGUCAUCUUCCUGUCGAAUUGGAGCAUAGAGCUUAUUGGGCUAUCAAGAGGUUGAACUUUGAUUACCAAGCUGCAGGAGAGAAGAGAAAGCUUCAGUUGAAUGAGCUUGAAGAAUGGCGAAACGAGGCUUACGAAAAUGCCAAAAUCUACAAGGAAAGUACCAAAAAGUUUCAUGACAAAGCCAUUAUUCGAAAGAAGUUUGUACCUGGUCAGAAAGUCUUGCUCUACAACUCCAGACUGCGUCUUUUUCUAGGAAAACUGCGUUCUAAGUGGAUUGGUCCCUUUGAAGUGACUCAAGUUAUGCCUCAUGGUGCCAUUGAAAUAAAGAAUUUGCAAAAUGAAGAGUUGUUCAAGGUUAAUGGGCACCGUCUCAAGCACUACUUGGAUACGACUUUAUCAGAAAUCAAAGAAGUUGCGUACUUUGAGGACCCAUCAUCUGUCACUCCUUAGACGUCCGACAUAGUCUAGCUCAUGACUAUAAAGAAGCGCUUCUUGGGAGGCAACCCAAGCUUUCUAAACUUUUCUUUGAUUUUUGUAAUUUUUCAUUUUAGUUUAUUUUUGUUGGAGUAAGUUUUAAUUCCUUUCAUGCUUGCAAGAAUGGUGGUCUGCAAUGAACCAGUUUGGGGGGAGUACAUUACAAAGCAUGACGUCACACGGUCAACAUUGCUCAUGCAUGUUUCACUGAAAAAUCCCAGGAAGUUUUCAUACCCUACCUUUAAAUGUGUUAUUUGUUUUGUUUUCUUUGUUUUACACAUUGAUGACAACGUCUGUUUCCAGUUUGGGCGAGGAUGUCGAUCUCUGUUUUUGUUUAGUGUUCAAGAUGUCUAUGUUUGCGUAAAACUGUAUUAACUGGGAAAGAAUUUGAACAUUUUGUCUGCGCUGUGUUCUUCAAUUUUUUGUCUUCUUUCCAGCCAUAUAAAGACUUUGAAAAUCGGAUUUUUGUGUCAAAAGUUAUGAUCAAAUCUCUGUCUGAAGGUCAAAAUUGCCUGUGACAUUAUCAUAUUUGCUCCGUGCUGUUUGCAACCUCUGUUGGCAUAUGUUCUUUUCCUCUGUUUAUUUGUUUUGCAUUGUGUUUUUUAUAUUUAAGUUUUAAUUCCAUAAAAAUAAAAAAAUUGUCAAAAAAAUUAAAAAAAAAAGAUUUAUUUUUCUUGAGUCGUUUUGUUAGACCUUCCAUAAGUCAAUGAUAAUAAGUUGCUUUCUUCUAGGUCACAAACUUAUUUGAAUUUGUUCUUUUUAUGUGAAAAUUCAAUGUUUUAUAUGGUUAAUCCGAUUCUUACAUGAUCAUUCUCAAGUUUAUUUUAUACCAAUAACCAAUGUCAGUAUGAUUAUCUCCUACUUAGAGAAUUAUAUGUGGAUUUUAAGUGAAAACUUAUUGAACCCUUGUGAGAUUUUGAGCCUCUUGUCUAUUCUUUCUUGUGAGUUUCAUGAUAGCAUUAUCAUUCGCUAGAACUUGCUUCAAUAUCUCUCAAGGCGAAAUCCUAAGUCAUGCAACACUAGGGAGAUGAUUUAGGCCAUGUUUGGAUUGUUUGAGCCUUUCUAACCAACCUUUUAUGUUAUAUUAUCCCUACUUACCCUUUUGAAGCCAAACACUUAAGUCUUUUCUUUCAUCACCCACAUUCAUCCCUACCCAUUUCGCCUAUAUUAGCCAUUCCCUAUAGCUUAAGGAAUACCAAGGGGACGUCGACGAAAAUAAGGUUGGGUUCUACAACAAAGAUGUGGCGUUUACCGAGGUACCAUGUGUAGUAUUAUCUUUAUUUCCGAAAAGAAAGAAAAUAAAAA